AGCAUUUACCUAGCUAAGAACAUUGAUGGAAGGUUUAUCCUUGCUAGUGUCAUUAUUUUCGCAAACUUUUUCUCCAGCUACAGGAACUAAAAUCAGGAUAGAUCUGGAUAUUGUAAAAUAGCAACAAAUUUACACAUAUGGACAGUCCAGAUGUUGGCGCUCAUGAUGCCACAUUACGAAGAGAUGAAGAUGCAAUAGCAGUACUUCAAGAUGCUGUCCCACAACUUGAUUCACUGUUUGUUAUCAGCCAUACUAUUGGAAAUGGAACAUUUAGUUCUGUUUAUUUUGCUCGCACAAAACACUCGACCACCAUAAAUGGUAGACGUCAUUUUGCAGUCAAACAUAUCAUUCCUACUUCACAUCCAUCAAGGAUCUAUAUGGAGUUGAAGUGCCUUAAAUUAAUUGGCGGUAGGGAUAACGUCAUGGGUGUGACCAUGUGUCUUCGUGAGAUGAACCAUAUUGUAAUUGUUAUGCCGUAUUUCCCCCAUGAUUCGUUUACAGAUUAUGUUGGAUGCUUAAGCCCAUUUGAACUUCAGGAUUACAUAAGAAAUCUCCUUAUUGCCCUUCGUAGGGUUCAUAGCUUCAACAUAAUACACAGAGAUGUGAAGCCAGCUAAUUUUCUUUAUAACAGAAAACAUCACAGGUAUUCCUUGGUAGAUUUUGGACUGGCACAAGAAGUUGGAAGUUUGGGCAGUAUCAGAGAAAAUGUAUAUAGUAAAGGGGGAGCCUGCAAUGUAUUAUCACCUUCUAACAUAGAUACUCCACAUGUGGCAACUAAUAAAACCGCAAAGAGGAAACUCACUGCAUACUGUCGGGAUGAUAAUACAAGUGAUAAGAACAAACGCUCGAGAGCCUUUUCACCUCCUACUUCAGCAUCUGGAGGUGUACUUUCUUCAACUACCAAUAGAGUCAAUACUGCACUGCGAAGAUCUCCAAGAAAGUCUUGUUCACUAAGUGUUUCACCAAAGAAAGAAAAUUUAAUCACUCCGAGAAAAGGGAGUUCUGGUUCAGUUGCAGCUCAGGAUUCCCCGAGUAAGCACACAAGAAGUACAGAAAUCAUCAGUAAAUCUGGAAGCCUUAAGGAUGGUGAAAGAGGUCUCAAGGCUCAGGUUAUGCAGAUGAGACAAGAAACAUUACGAGGCCUGAGAAGAUCACCUCGGAAGUCCAUGUCAUCAGCAGCAAGCUCCUUGCCACUAGAGGGCUUAGCAAAGCAUUUGCAAGAAGUUACAGCUCUUAAUGCCACUACCAGAACAGCAAGCAUGAGAGCUGGAAGUUCUAAGUUGGGGUCGACGACCAGUGGAGAUUCUUCUUGUGCUAACCAUGGCAUUCCACAAAGGUUACAGAAAGUUCCAGCAUGCAGUCCAAGAGUUUCAGGUAUCAUUGACUCUGCUAGCAUUAACCAAGAGAGAUCAAAUUUUGUGAGAGGGAACAGAGUCUUGCAAGAGGUCCAUACCAAGUCUGGAAGUGUUCUCCUGCCAGUUUCUUGCCAUUGCUAUGGCACUGCAAGAGUCUGUACAGUAUGCUUGGGUAGGAGCAAUCAGCAUGCCCCAAGAGCUGGAACACCUGGGUUUCGUGCCCCUGAAGUUCUGUUGCGCCAUCCAGACCAAGGAACAGCUGUAGACAUGUGGUCUGUUGGUGUUAUUCUUUUGUGCCUGUUGAGUGGACGAUACCCUUUUUUCAAGGCAGCCGAUGAUCUGUCAACUUUAGCUGAAAUAUCAACACUUCUUGGUUCUUAUACUAUACGAAAAGCUGCAUCAAAAUUUGGUAAGCUUUUUACAUGCAGUGAAGAAAGAAAACCUUUGGAUCUUGUGAAAAUAUGUGAGUUGCUGCGUAAUAAUACCUUGUAUAGAGGGGGUGUAAGACCUUCAGAUACUGGUGAAAAAGAAGUUUGCAGUGGUUGUAAGCAAAGUAUUGUCUGUGUUUGUCUUAUAAAUUUUGAGAGCUCUUGGUUACUUUCUGGCCACGCAAGUUCUUUCUUGUCCCAUGAUUUUAAAGCUCAGCAACAAAGAUCCACAUGGACUUUUUAAGGGAGAUGAAGGGCAGUUGGCAGUAAUGUUGAAAAUGUCAGAAGGUGAGCAUUGCCUUUCACCUAGUACAAAUUAUUCAGUUUCGAGCAGUACAGGACAAGUAUCUGAACCUUCGUCUCACAUAUGGAAUACCAGUUUUGUUCCGGAAUCAUCUCAUGGAAAACAAAAGGAAAUAUUUUAUCCACCCUCAGUUUAUCAUCUUCUUUACCGACUCCUUGAUCCUGAUCCUGAAACCCGUAUCACUGCCGUAGAAGCCUUAGCCCAUCCAUUUUUAACAUCAUCUCUUCAUUAGAUUUUAUAUUUGUCAGGUUUUAUCAUUAGAUUUGGAAUUACAACAUUUUAGAAAGUUUACUUUGUAUGUAUGGUUUACAUCUAUAUUUGAAAGACAUUUUAGGUAGUGUCUUCUUAAUGUUAUCCUAGAAUUUCCUGUAGUUUUUAUGUUUCCUCCAAUGUUUUAGCACUACUAGUAGAGUACAAAAAUAUAGUUCAUAAGAUGUUUCAUUUAUUACUGUAUACUUACUUAUGAUUUCAUACUGUAAGUGUUAUUACCCUCUUAAACUGAUAAAAACUAGUAGUGAUACUGUACUUUUUUUAUUCUGUUUGUAUUUAAAAAAUCUUUAAACAGAGUCGAGUAGAUACAAAUCUAUUAGUCUUUACUGGUGUCUUAUUGCCUGUCUGCAUGGUUUGAAUUUCAAAUAAGAUUAUUGAAGUGGGAUCUGGCAUUAGCUGAAGCUUUCUGUCCUGGCUCACCCCAGCAAUAAGUUACUUCUAGAUAUCAAUUUUUGGUAGAGUUGUCCAUUAAAAAAAUAAGGACUUGUAUAUAGCAAAGGAGAAUGUCUGAAAGAUUUUUUGAUGCACUGUAAUUGAAAAACAAACCUGUUAGUCAUUGCUGACAUCAGAUUUCUUUUUAAAUGGGGAGCAUUUGACUUUUGGCUCUGUUUGACUGAUUACUUGUAUUAUAUCUUAAUCAAGAUCUAUUAGAGUCUUAAUGUUAUUUCACAUAAUCCACAAGGUCUGCUAUCCUGUAUAUAGGGAAAAAGCAAAAAAACCAUAUACUCUCACAUUAUCUUUUAAAGUAAGACAUGGAGCUGACUAAUAAACAUGCCUAAAGGCAUAAUAAAAUGAGAUGAAGUAUACAGCCACUAGAUCGUACACUUGAUAAAAAUGUAACAACAUAUUGUAUAGUUAUCAAAAUAUCCAAGAUAGAAUUUGGUUGAAAUUGAGUGUCAUCACCAGCAACAUGAUGCCACAUCUCAAGUGCCAGACAUAUGACUUCAGAAACCAGACCAGGCUGAGAUUCUAAUUUCACUAACUAGGAGGUUUGCUAAAACAAAUUUCUCACCUGGGGCCAACUCAUGGGCCUUGUUAAGUACUUCCUGCAUAUGGGUUUUGUUGCAUGUUAAUGUCCAUUUCUGUUGCUGAUUAUUGAGAUGAAUAGUAAGGCUUAGCUUAGUCGCUGUUUCUUGUUGGCUUUAAAUACAGCUUGAGUGCCAUGACUGGAUCUCAUAGUUUACCCAACUAUAGAUAACAAAUGGAGCAAAAAACUCCCCGGACCUGUGCUUAUUAUAAAUUCGUUAGGCAAAGGGAUGCUUUUUGAAAACAUUGUUACUCCAAACUGUAGGGAAAACACGAUUUAAAAAGCUUUUAGCACCACUUUUGAAAGGUUUAUAAGGAAUUUUAAGUGGGAGUUUUUGAGAAUUUCUGAGAUGUAGCUUUACAGUCUUUUGAAUUCAAAAAAUGUUUGUCUUUAUGAUAAAUCUCCAGUGAGAAUUCUAAUAGUUACCUAACCAUUUUUUGGGGAAAAUGAAAAUGCCUCUUUUUGUAAAUAAUAAGUAACCAGUAUGUAAUACUAAAAAAAUUAAAGUGGAAAGAUAGUCCAACCAAGGCACAAACUUGUAAAUGGCCCACUGAUUAGUACAAGUCCAGUGCUUCAGUGGCGUGGUCAGUAUGGUCUUGGCCUGCCACCUCAUUGGCAGCGAGUUUGAUUCUCGGUCAUUCCACUGAGGGAUUAGAGAUGUGUAUUUCUGG